AUGGACCACCCUGCGAUACUCGAGCAGAUACGUACGAACGUUUCCUUGCUACGGAAGGAGGGCAUCAUGAACUCCGACGAAGCCGCCAGUAUACUCAAUACGAUCGCUUCAAUCUUCUCUCGACUACGCGACGGUACUGCUGCUCCUGCCAAGUCAAUCGGCACCACCGAUGCUGUUAACGUCCUGACAACUCAUUUUCCGUUCAAGGCUCGUGCGGUAGCUGAACACGAGAAAGCUCGAGAUCGAGAUUCUGAUCCGCCCGAGCUGAUAUUCGUCAGAACAAACGAAAUCGUGGUCACCGGGGAGUACGACUCCAAGUAUUGGCUAGGACGUACUCGCGACGGCCGUACUGGUAAAGUGCCCAAGGAGAAGAUCGAGCCGCUGGAGAAUGUGAAGACAGUCUUGUCAUAUACGCAACAGACAGUCGAGACGGGCGAAAGCCCUCCUGCGUAUACCGUCGUCGACGACCCUGCACCCGAGACCAGCGCUCUGGCAGACGUUCCUACAAUCCAUGCUGCAGCGGAACCACCCAGCGUCCCAAUAGCGCUGGCCCCUGCCCCCAUACCUUCCAAUCCAUCGAUGGCACCCCAUGCCCCUUUACCACCCGUAUCCGGUCCAAGUACAGAUUCCAGCUACGGCUCUAGACUCGAGGCAACGAAUUCCGUAUAUGAUCGGAAUCCUGCGCUUAAUCGCAACACCACGUUGCCUCCACGCCCAAACCGCAAUUCGCGACCGGAUAUGGACCUUCGUCGAGUCAAUACGGCUCAGACCAGACAUCCAUUACCACAAGCUCUACCUAGCCCUUCGGCUCAACAGUUCAAUCAGCGGUACUCCCAAGUGAUUGAGCCGUCGUCCCCUUCUUUUGCAUCGGCACCGCAUCGAGAGGAACACUUCCAGCCGCCACAACCUUACGAUCAACGGCCAUUUGGUCAACGGCCGUCCUCAUAUUACUCACCUGCGCCGAAUACGAUUGAUUACCAGUACGGGCAAUCGAGGGUACCACCGCCACCACCUAUACCUGGAUCGCCCUCGUACUCUCAACCACCGUACCCUCAGUCUUCUUACUCUAGCAGGGGAGCGGCAUCAUCAAUGCCCAUGCCUAGUGUACCAGGGGAUUACACUUCUCCCGGACCCAGCGGCUACUACAAUACUUGA